UGCAGAUGUCGCUGCCCUUCCUCGCUUCCUCUACCACAAGGUCAUACGUACGAUGCCGCUGACCGGGACUCGUUGGUACGCUGGAAGAUGGCGGCGUCCAUGAGCAGUGCUGUGUGUCUAUUACAGGUUUUACCUAAAGGACUAGAUUUUAUUCUUCCCAGAUAUUGUCAAAUUCGUGCCAUUCAGACAACCUCCAUAUGUCUAAAGAACCGGGCAGCACGUGUGCGUGUGAGUAAAGGUGACAAGCCUGUGACCUAUGAAGAAGCCCACCCUCCGCACUUUAUUGCUCAUAGGAAAGGCUGGCUGUCUCAACACUCAAGUAACUUGGAUGGUGAAGAGGGCGCUGCAGGGCGUACUAUAGAAGAUAUCUACAUUCGAAAAUUUAUGUUUGGCACUUUCCAUGGCUGUCUGGCUAAUGAGAUUUUGAUCAAGAGACGAGCCAAUGUUAUAGUGAUCUGUGCCAUCCUUCUCCAAAAGUUUGCUCCAAACAAGCUCUAUUUUAUAACUGGCUACACCGAGACCAUGCUGUCUUACUUGUACAAAUGCCCAGUGAGGCUUGAAAUACAGACUGUAGAAGAUAAAGUCUUUUACAAAUGGUUGUAAUUCCACCCUUAAGAGCUAAUUUUCCUUGUCUGAGUGAUCAGCAAUUAUGGAUGAUCAUUUUUCCAAAAUCUCUAAAAUGUGUGUAAAUAAACUAUUUGUUUUUUGUA